AGCCGGACUCCAAGGUAGAGGUGCGGGCAGUGUGCUGUGACCCCCGCGGGAAGAAGAUGAACGGGACGCGGAACUGGUGUACUGUGGUGGAUGUGCACCCGGAGGGCCAGACCGCGGACAGUGUGGACAUUCUCAGGCUGACGCUCCAGAGUGAACUGACAGGACAUGAACUUGAGCACAUAGCCCAGAAGGCGGGCAGGAAAACAUAUACCAUGGUGUCUAGCCGCUCACCUGCUCAUUCUCUGGCUUCAGAACUAGUGGAAUCCAGUGAUGGACAUGAAGAGGUCAUUAAGGUAUACUUAAAGGGAAGGUCUGGAGACAAAAUGAUCCAUGAGAAGAAUAUUAACCAGCUGAAGAGUGAGGUCCAGUACAUCCAGGAGGCCAGAAACUGCCUGCAGAAGCUCCGGGAGGAUAUAAGUAGCAAACUUGACAGGGAUCCAGGAGACUCUGUCCACCAGCAGGAGAUAGAGGUGUUCCUAGAAAAGCCAAAUGGCUUUAAUCAGGGUCCCACAACCCUGUACAACAGCCCUCCUGAGAUGGACACUUAUAUAAAUGAAGAUGUUGAGAGCUUGAGGAAGACCGUGCAGGACUUACUUGCCAAGCUGCAGGAGGCUGAGCGGCAACACCAGUCAGACCGUGUGACUUUUGAGGUCACACUUAGCCGGUACCAGCGAGAAGCAGAACAGAGUAAUGUGGCCCUUCAAAGAGAGGAGGACAGAGUGGAGCAGAAAGAGGCAGAAGUCGGGGAACUGCAGAGGCGCUUGCUGGGGAUGGAGAUGGAGCAUCAGUCCUUACUGGCGAAAGUCAGGGAAGGGGAGAUGGCCCUAGAGGAACUUCGGAGCAAGAAUGAUGAAUGCCAAGCAGAACAAGAAAAGGCUGCUACCCUCGAAAAGGAAGUGGCUGUGUUACGGGAGAAGAUCCACCACUUGGAUGACAUGCUCAAGAGUCAACAGCGCAAAGUUCGGCAAAUGAUAGAGCAGCUCCAGAAUUCAAAAGCUGUGAUCCAGUCAAAGGAUGCCAUCAUCCAGGAACUCAAGGAGAAAAUCGCCUAUCUGGAGGCAGAGAACUUAGAGAUGCAUGACCGGAUGGAACAUUUGAUUGAGAAACAGAUCAGUCACAGCAACUUCAGCACCCAGACCCGGGCCAAGACAGAGAACCUGGGCAGUGUUAGGAUAUCCAAGCCUCCCAGUCCGAAGCCCAUGCCUCUUAUCCGAGUGGUGGAAACCUGAGCUGUGAGGAAAUGGAGGAGAUGGAUGUCACCAUUACUUCCUCCUCUUGCCUGGGAGAAGCCCGCCACCUCUGUAGGCUGUUAACACUGACUUUGACUUCCUAACUGUUCCUCGGCUGCAUCCAGGACUUGGGGUUCAUGUGUCCUGCCAGUCCCAAGCUCCUGUCCUCUGUUUGUUGGGCAGAUGGAGUGUAAACGCCUCCUCUGGACACUACAGCCCUUUGGAAGAUGUUAUCCUGCCAGCAGGAGCCAGAGCAAUAUCCUCAUUUGUGUAUUAUUACUAUUUUUCUAUGUAGCUGAGCCUCCCUUCUGCUGUACGCUGAAGUCCAGCUGGCCGAAGCCAGGCCCUCAUCGGGUUGAAAGAGGUGACAAGAUUUGUCUCAACCCUAAAAGCUGUAGGCACAGGUGUCCAGAGUGAUUGGAGUAUAUCCUGGGGGAAUGAAUUCCUUCUAUAUACACAGCUCAGUCUUAGCAAGAAACUGUUUUUCUACUUACUCCACACUCAGCCCAUGCUGACCUGGGCCUCCUCAAGACAGACAUUGGGGCUAUCUGUCCAGGCCUGGUCAGAGUCAGGGAACCUAAACUUUGACCUGACAGCCUUGUCUUUCUUCAGAGAGUAGCUCUUAGCAGGCAGAUUCUGUAGGGCUUUGUGUGACUUCUCUCUGCUGUGAAAACCCUGGAAUCUCUUUGAGUUUUUCCCUGAUGUGCACUGAAAGGCACAGCUCAGUCUUUCUGAGCC